GACUGUGACCGCAAAGCAAAGCAGACCCAACCAAAACCAUAAAACCCUUUCUCUCACUCUCUCUCUCUCUCUCUCUGUCUCACACGCACGCACACAGCUCCUUGUAAUGGCGUCGGCUCAAGGGAAAAAGCGAGUGACCCAAGGCAAGGAAAGCGAACAGUCCCUCAUAUCCAGGGCCAGCCGCAACGUGUCCCAGUCGUCCAUCGUCAUCCACGCCAAGCGCGCCGCCUCCGAAGCCGCCGUCGUGUCCAAGAAACUCCUCCGUAGCACUGGCAAGGCGGCGUGGAUCGCCGGCACCACCUUCCUGAUCCUGGCAGUGCCACUCAUCAUCGAGAUGGACCGCGACCAACAACUCACCGAAAUCGAGCUCCAAAAUGCCAGCCUCCUCGGCACCACUCCCACUCCCAAGUGAGUGUUACACAGAGAGAGAGACCCUUUUGUUUCUUUCUUUUUCAAUUAGGGUUUUCGAAAAGUUUCAGACUUUUUUUAGAGAUAGAGACAGAGAGAGAGUUUUUAAUUUGGGUUCUGUUUCCUGAUUAUGUUUCUGUUCUCUCUUUACUAUUAUUAUUAUUGUUAGUGUUUUUAAUUAUGCGGAUUGUGGAGUUUGGUUCGGAUAUUUGUUUUGCAAAUCGAUGCCGAUGAAAUUAUUAGUUAUUAUUUUGAAUA